UUUUGUAACUUUGUAAGAGAAGAUUAACUAAACGUGUUUAUUACAUUUUUGUGGGAUACAAAUAACAGCAGGAAUACAUAGUAUCUACAGUUAAAACGGAACUAAGAAAAAUAUAUCAAAUGAUGAAGGUGAAGUUGAUAAUGAACCAAUUGCAAAAAAGUCAAAACAUGACAAACAUUAUGCAGAACUUGAAGGGAAUGCUUCGGAUAGUGAUGAUGAACCUUUGUCAAAAUUAAAAAUAAGUAACAAUGGUGAAACCGGUGGAUGUGAAAAUUUUAUACCUCAACAGCAAAGACAAAUCGGUCAAUUAAGUCCAACUCAAGAAAAUACAAAUACAUCUGUGUUUGCUGAACAGAUAAUUUCAGCACAGGAACAAAAUGUGAAUAAUGAAAGUGGAAAACUUGUUCUAAAUUCAUGUCUAUCAUCUUACACAGAUAAUAAAACCACACUGAAGGAUUCUACAAAUGUCUCCAUAUCAGCCAUUAACAGCAGUAAUACAACUGAUGAAAAUACAAUUACAACUGUUGUUGCUGAACAGAUAAUUUCAGCACAGGAACAAAAUGUGAAUAAUAAAGGAGAAGAACUUGUUCUAAAUUCGUGUCUAACAACUGACACAGAUAAAGUUUACACCACACUGAAGGAUUUUACAAAUGUCUCCAAAUCAGUCAGCAACAGCAGUGAUACAACUUUGAAGACACCACUAAAACCUUUGAUUUCUCUGUUUCCAAAUUUUGAUGAAGAUCCAUCUUUCUAUGGAUUACAAGAUCAUGCACAAUCUGCACUUGACCAUGAUUACCAUGUUCAAGUGGUAGCAGAACCAUAUGAGAAUAUGAAUUUCUUUCAAUCAUCCAUGGAUUCAUGUACAUAUACCAGCAAAGAGCAAGAAAUAAUUCAAGAUCCUAUGCCCAACCUGACCUGUCAAACAUUGCAACCACCUGAUCAGGAAUUUUCAAAACAUCAGACAUUAUCUGAACAGCUUGAUUUCAUUGAAAAGCAAAAUGGAACCAUACUAGAGGCACAGAACAUUGCGUUUGAACAAAUAUCAAAUAUUUCAAUAUCUAUGGACACUGUACAAUCAAAUUUACAAUAUUUAAUAAACCUGAUCAAAUGUAGGAGCACGGUUAAAAGCAGUAAUAAACAAACACCUGUGACACCAAGAGGAGAUAGUGUUCACCUAGAGAAGACAUUAGAUAUCAACUGUCAGAUACCAGUCGUUGUAAGAUCAACAAUAAACCCAGAGAAUAUCAGGAUAGGCAACUCAAAUUUUGAGAUGAGCUAUGAUAAGUACUGCAAAAUUUUACAAAGAAACAGUAACCUUCCAACUACAUUUGCAGUAAAAUUACUUUCUGUUUUGUUCACUGAUAACGAACUAUUUGAGAGAAAUGUCACAGGAAGGGUCAUACACGAUAAUGUCCAGAGGUCAAAACUUAACCCCAUAAAGUUAGAUGCUAUUGAAAACCAACUUCGUUUACAGUUUCCACAAUUUAUGGAUUCUAAGGAGAACAAUGACAAAAUAUGGAUUGCAAUAAAUGGGAAAUGCAGAAAAACAACUGCUAAACUUAACAAGACUGUGUUUUCAGAUCCAAUCUAAAGUUCAAUAUUUUUCUUAAUUAGUUCAUGCUUGUUUAACCUCUUGGCAGAGUUUCAUAUGAUCUAUUGUAAUCAUUUUGUUUCAAUUUCCAACAUGAGCUUUAUCUCUGAAUUCUUAUGGUCAAGUUUAAACAUAAUUGUCAACUCUGAAUUUGCAAGGUCAAGUUUAAACAAAAUUGUCAAUGUCUGUAUUUUAAAGAAUCUUAAGAAUUAAUAUUGAAAAAAUUCUGGCUUAUUUUUAUAGGUUCCUGAAACCUCUUAUUGGCUGUCCCUCUUUUGAUAUCUGAUCUGAAACACUUGGAGCAAUUUGAACUAAAAUUAUUAUUAAAUUCCCUGAUUGGUUCCCUUGUAUUUAAGCACAACUCGUCCUUAACAGCUUGAUAGAUAUUAAUGAAACUUUACACAGUUGAAGGACACAACCUGAGAAUGUGCAUGAAGGAAAAUAAUUCUGGUCUGAAAUAUUUCAACAGAGACAAUUGAACUUACUUAUUUUAUUAACUAUGGGAGGGGGGGGGUAUCCUUUAGUUAGUUGACUCACAGUUCUAAAUUCCUUUUUUCACAUAUAUAUAUAUAUAACAAAUAAGGAGAUGAGAUAUAUAUAUAUAUAUGGUAUGACUUCCAAUGAGACAACUUAACUAUCAACUAGAGUAGAGACACAUUGCAUGGAUUUGAUCAACUUGGGUAACCAUAGGACUUUAAACAGUGAGCUAUAGAUUUUUAUUUUAUUCAAAAUAUUAGUAGACACAAUAAUCUGUAAUGGCAGAUUCUUGAUCCUAUGAGUUAAAAGGUACAUUGUAUUUUAUUUGACCUGAUGCAUAAGAACCCAAUAUACCAAUAUACUUCUUUCUUUAAUUUAAGAAGCAUGUAAUGAUGGGAUGAUUCAUUAAUAUUUUGAUAUUUUUAAUGAUACUUGUACAUGUAAUAGUGAUUUUAAAGAUAAAAAUGUUGGAACAUAAGGUAAAAUAUUUUAUUUUUGUAUCACCUUGAAGGAGUCAAAAAGCAAGACAUAGGUAUAUAAAAAAGAAGAUUUGGUUUAAUUGCCAAUGAGACAACUCUUCACAAGAGACCAAAUGACAUAGAAAUUAACAACUAUAGGUCACAUGCUGUUUAUGGCAGCGGUGUCAACAAUGUAUUAGUUUGGGAUUAGGUCUAGUUUAUGGUGAUUCACUAGUGAUAGGUCAAUGAUAUUUGGUACGCAGUUGUCUUAGCUUUGGCACAUCUCAUUUACAUGGAGAUUAUUUGGCCCUGCCCUCUCAGUUAUGGUCUAUUGACUCUGAAACGUUUGCUUAAGAUACAUGUAUUAGUUUGUGAUUAUGUCAGUUUAUGAUGAACCAUUAGUGGUAGGCCAAUGUUUAUUGGUAUUCAGUUGUAUAAGCAUUAGAACAUAUCACUUCCAUGGAGAAUAUUUGGCUUCACCCGCUCAGUCAUGGUCUAUUAACUUUGAAACUUUUGCUUAGUUCACAUGUAUUUGUUUGUGAUUAGAUCAGUUUAAGAUGAAUCGCUAAUGUUUAGUCAAUGAUAUUAGGUAUGCAAAUUUAUUGGCAUUUGCAAGUCUCUUUUCCAUGGUGAUUAUAAUCAUGGUUUAUCGACUUAGACACUUUUACAUAGUUUACAAGUUUAUUAAGUGUUUAGGUUUGUUUAAAGGCAUGGACUUAUGAUAAGUCAAUGGUAUUUGGUAUGCAAUUGAAUUAGAAUUGGCACAUCUUUUAUACAUCUCAUUUCCAUGGGGAUUGUUAAGCCAUGUACCUUCAGUAAUGGUACAUUGACUUUGAAUAUUUGAAUAACUUACAUGUUAAAGUAUUGCUAUUUUGAUUUCAAAAUUUGCAUUAUUAGAAUUACAGAAAGGCGAGACAUAUUUCUGUGUUAACAGUAAAAGAAAUGCCAGUUAUCAAAUAUAGCUCAUCAUACAUCUUUGAAGAUGGUGAAUUAUUUCUUUGCUUUUUCUUUUGUACAUAAAAUGUUGAGUAGACUUUUUGUUUGUUUAGCUUUCAUUAUUUUAUGCAUGUCUUUUCUGAAGAUUUAUGGAAUAUCCUUUGAUAUUGUUCAAAAUAAAGGCAUGUUCAGAAUAUGUGGAUAUUUUUAGAGAAAUAUAAAGUAGCAUAAUUGUUCAGUAGUUUUGAAGUUUAUAUCAACAAAAUUCUUUAUUUUUUGUUUACAUUUUUGCUCAGGUGUUUAUCAUUGUGCAACAACUUGUGUUUAGGAAUAUUUUUGCAGACAUUUCAAAAGAGUUCUCUUUUUCAUAUUUCCUAAAUUAAUUCAAAUCAAAUAGUUAUUGAAUUACUUCAUUGUUUUAUGAAGUGAAUUACUUCAUUGUUUUAUGAAGUGAAUUACUUCAUUGUUUUAUGAAGUAACAAAUUAUACUCAAAAAGGGAACUUUUCCAGUGUGACAGUACCAGCCAUCAACUGGUUGAAAAAGUAAAAUCCACAUUUAAUAGAUAGAAAGAUAUAUGUAGUGUGCUAUUUUCAUUUGCAUGUUUCACUUUACUCAUUUGGAGUACUUUGAAUAUAUAUAUAUAUUCUGAAUUCAUUCUUGAGAUUUUUUUAAAUUAAAAUAUUCAUAGUUUUGCAAGUACAUUUGAAGGAGAUAUAUUUUAGUGGUAGAUGUACAUUGUUACAGGUGUUGGGUAUUAUUAGAAGAAUUAGUCAAGGUUAUUAGAUAUAUGUAAUUGAUUUUGUUGUUUAUUUAAGAAUUGAAUGCUUCUUUUUGUAAAUUUAUUGGGGUGUAAAAGCGUUGACCGA